UAGUUAUGGUCGGUAAGUAGCGCACAUCGACGUCCGUGCGGUACGUUACUUCUAUUUUUCGCCUGUGAUAUUUAUCCUAAACUAGACAUCGCGAAAUAUUAACGUCGUCCGGCGCGUUUGCGCGAUUAAAUCAGGUUUAUCAGAUGGUAGAAACCUAUUGUCUCCGCGUUCUGACGGUAUUGACGAAAAUCCCCCGUGCGAGGAGAAUACUUGUACACGUUGUUGCCAGUAGAGGCGGGCCCGCUCCUGUGAUCUUACAAAAUAACACCCUUUUUCCAAUCAGUUUGAGUUCACGUUAUUAGAAUAUCAUGUCAGGCCGAGACACGUCGAUAUUGUGCCUGUUUGAUGUGGAUGGAACCUUAACACUUCCUAGACAGGUGAUUACACCUGAAAUGCAGACCUUCCUUGAUAAACUUCGGGAGAAAGUUGUGCUGGGAAUUGUUGGUGGGUCAGAUUAUGCAAAGAUCAAAGAACAGCUCGGCAGUGAAAAUGUGCCCAGUGGAUAUGAUUUUGUAUUUGCCGAGAAUGGACUAAUAGCAUACAAAGACGGUAAACUUAUUGGACAACAGAGCAUGUUGAAGUUCAAAGGAGAAGAAGUAUUGCAGAAAGUAUUAAACUUUGCCCUACAGUACAUGUCCCAGUUAACGCUACCUGCAAAGAGAGGUACAUUUGUGGAGUUCAGGACUGGUAUGAUUAACCUGUGUCCUGUAGGCAGAAGCUGCUCUCAGGAGGAAAGGAUACAGUUUAGUGAUUAUGACAAGGAGCACAAAGUCCGAGAGAAGUUUGUGGAGGCUUUGUACAAGGCUUUCCCAGAUGCGGGAUUAGAGUUUGCCAUUGGUGGUCAGAUCAGUAUAGACGUGUACCCUGUAGGAUGGGACAAGCGCAUCUGUCUACAGCACCUGGAGGCAGAGGGAUUCAAGGCUAUUCACUUUUUUGGGGAUAAAACAGAAAAGGGUGGAAAUGACCAUGCUAUAUAUGAAGAUCCUCGUACAAUAGGCCAUAAAGUUACCUGCCCAGAAGAUACGAUCAAACAGUUAACUGAGUUACUCUUUAAAGAUUAAAUAUUGUGAAUAUGUCUGACAUUUGGACAUCGAGGGAAAUAUGUAUUCAGUCUAUGACAAUCAUGCUUAAGAGUCAUAUAUUUUUUCUUAUUUCAUUGUACAUGUAUACAUUUUUACCCCAAAAAAUAAUGUAUUUGCUUAAAUGUUGAGGUGAUAAAUUUUUAAACUGACCAAAGCAAAUUAUUCAGUGAGGGAUUAAAUGUGGGUAUUUAUAAAACCAGAGUUUUUAUUCUUGUGAUGUGGUUCAUGUUUAUGAUAUACAUGGAUGUUGUUGUGUGGUUCAGCCAGAUUCAGUCGGAAUAAAUCUUGAGUGCAUGCGUAAUAGCCUAAUCAAAUAAAUCCAUAAAUAAGUCAGUUUAAAUGAGUACAGGCGUUUGCUCAUGUAGCUACAGUGUUGACCUCAUCAGUUGAUCGGCAUCUGAUUAAUGACAUUGCAGUCUCGAAUCCAGCUCUCUCUAAAUUAACUGAGGCUCCAAGUCCUGUACCUAAUGAUGAGCCAAGGUGUACUCUGGGCAUUUUGUUUCCUUCUACCCAUAAACCAGUCCGUCAUAUGCAUGUAAGUGAAAACUCUGAACAUUAAUGAGAAGGCUUAUAUACUAAGUA